GAGGGCAAGUCGGCGGCUGGGCGAGGAUGGGAGUCCCGGGGACCCGGAGCUGAGCGACCGAGCGCCCGGCGGGCAGGGCGCGCCGGAGGAAGGCGAGCCUCGCUGUUCCUCCGGGAGCCCAACACCGUUCCCGCCUGGCCACGAUGAUCCCUCCGAGCGGCGCCCGCGAGGACGGCGUAGAUGGGCUGCCCAAAAAGGCGGCGAGCGCCGAGCAGCCGCCCUCUCCUGCAUCCACCAGCAGCCAGGAAUCCAAGCUCCAGAAACUAAAACGAUCACUUUCUUUCAAGACCAAGAGUUUACGGAGCAAAAGUGCUGACAACUUCUUCCAGCGAACCAACAGCGAUGCGAAGCUGCAAGCGGACAUGCAGGCUGAGGUCAGCCCCAGCUCCAGCCCUCUGCCGGCUCCCGGAAGCCUCACGUCCACGCCCACCAGGGCGGGCCUGCACCCAGGCAGCGGCAAGGCCCAUGCCUUUCAGGAACACAUUUUCAAGAAGCCCACUUUCUGUGACGUCUGCAACCACAUGAUCGUGGGAACAAACGCUAAGCACGGACUGCGCUGCAAAGCCUGUAAGAUGAGCAUCCACCACAGGUGCACAGAUGGCCUAGCGCCCCAGCGGUGCAUGGGCAAGCUGCCAAAGGGGUUUCGGCGUUACUACAGCUCCCCCUUGCUCAUACAUGAACAGUUUGGAUGCAUUAAAGAAGUUAUGCCCAUUGCCUGUGGCAAUAAGGUGGACCCUGUCUACGAGACCCUUCGCUUUGGCACUUCCCUGGCCCAGAGAACGAAGAAGGGCAGUUCUGGCAGUGGCUCUGAUUCACCGCACAGGACCUCUACUUCAGAUCUCGUGGAGGUUCCUGAAGAAACAGAUGGGCCAGGAGAUGGGUAUGACCUAAGGAAACGCAGCAACAGCGUGUUUACGUAUCCAGAAAAUGGCACUGACGAUUUCAAAGACCAAGCAAAGAACAUAAACCACCAGGGACCUCCUUCCAAAGACCCAUUACAGAUGAACACCUACGUUGCCUUGUACAAAUUUGUACCACAGGAAAAUGAAGACUUGGAAAUGAGGCCAGGAGACAUGAUUACACUUCUAGAGGAUUCCAAUGAAGACUGGUGGAAAGGAAAAAUUCAGGACAGGAUCGGCUUCUUUCCAGCCAACUUUGUUCAGAGAGUACAGCAAAACGAGAAGAUUUUUAGAUGUGUUAGAACCUUCAUUGGGUGUAAGGAGCAGGGGCAGAUAACGCUGAAAGAGAAUCAGAUCUGUGUGACUUCUGAAGAAGAACAAGACGGCUUUAUCAGAGUGCUCAGUGGCAAGAAGAGAGGCCUCGUCCCCCUCGAUGUCCUGGAAAAUGUCUGAGUGCUGACCCCUCCUCCUAGUGCAGCAGGCCAGCUCUGCUGCAGUGCCGUCCGCUCAUCUCACUGUGUCCACCCAGAGGAGCUGCCGCACUGACCCGGCCCCCCAGGAAACAGGGAGACAAGACUGGAGGAUCUGAGACUGUGGAACAGCAGCCACACAGCAGAAGACCCGUCACACAGCACAUCCAGGCUGCUUGAGUGGGAAUGAGGCUGAGAAUCGGCCAGCAGAGCUGAGUGCACACCCGGGGGACAGCAGGGCUGUACACCUCAGCUGUCCCAGGACUCAGCUCCUUCCCUGCCCAUGUGGUGUAAGUCAACCCACUGGAGGGUGAUCCAGUCUGCGGUGUGGCCCCAGUGCGAGGUUAAGUUCUGUGUAGUCAAGUGUUAUUCUGGUUCCAGACCUUUGUCCCCAGUACUGCCCAAUCGGCAUCAUCACACUUCAGACUCCAAGCAGUUAGUCUCUCUGCGGGGACCCCAGAAGGCCUGCUUCCCAGCUCCCAGGGUUCCGGCCCUGCCCACUUUGCAAUUGUGCUGUAGGGAUUAUUCUUUCUCCUCAGUCCUUGGGACAGUCCUGAUGAUGUGCAUUAGAUGUGAGGGCUGAGUUGACCUGGCACCAAUGGCAAAGAUCUGGGGGUCGUUUACAGGUAGUCCUUGCUGCUCUGGUUACCAAGAGAGGUGACAGAGCCAGAUCUGGGCAUGGAUGGAAGCAGUGAGGAGCGGUGGGGACGAGGAAGACAAAAUCCCUUAUUUAUUGAGUAUGAUACAGUCCUUUCAGUUAUGAAAUCCCUUCUCAAAAGAUAGGGAGCUGGCUGGAGAGAAUGUGGAAAAAAGCAUCCAUUUUCAUUUUAUAUCCUCUGAAUUGGGGACAGCAUGUCUCCCUCAUGAUAUCCUGUAAGACUCUAUUUUGGAGACUGAGCUCAUUUUGCAGGGAACCAGGAACAUGGAGGGUAACCAGUAACAGCCUCUUACAAGAAAUGUAGCCAGAGUGGAAUGCAUUGGAAUUGGAGUAUAUCAUACCCCAGCAGGUGUAAAAUGGAAAGGAAUCCUUCAUGCUUCAUCCCUCGGAAAGCAGAGGAAUUUGAGGCCUAUUUAGCAUCAUCGAGGGGACUCUAGGAUCUCUGUUACUCUGUACUUGUACUAAUGUUUACAAGAAUACAAUAUACUGUGAUGCCUUCCCCCUCAAGUCUCCUGCUAGCAUUCACACUUGCAUCCUAGUAGUCACUAACACAGUUAAACUGCAAUUCACCAUGACCUUGGAAUCAAUGUCAGUUUGAUUUAUUUUGUUACAGAGCAAUAAAAUCAUUAGAAUAAUUGGUUUUUAAAAGACUUAAGUGGAUGCAUCCUGUGCACGUAAGCAUUAUUUCUCAAACCAAAGCAUCAUUAGUCUCCAUUUAUUCCUUUUGCUACUACUCAGCAUGAAGUUGGGAACUGAGAUGGGGUGGCUGCUGGUUUCACAGUAGUUUGGAUGCCUUACUCUCAUUUUAAAAAGCCAGCAUCCAGAAUUUCCUCCCUCUCUGAAACAACAUGCAAACCCAGGUGGAUAGAGUCAUGAUGGAUGCUUUGAGAGUCCACACAGAUAACACGACUGCCUUUCUGUAAAAUUGCUAAGUAUCAACGCUCUUUGCCUCUAAUUGAAUUUUCCAUAUAAUAAAGACAACAUAGUGGCUGGAAGGAGCAUUAGAAAACAUGUUUCCUGAUCUCUUCUUUCUGAGCCACAUCCAGGGAAUAUUUUUUAGGACAAUGGUGUCCAAUUUGCAUUUUCAAAGCAUCAGUUUGCCUUUUCAAGUUGAAUGGAAGGAGACUGUAAGUAUCCAGCCUCCAAGGUGGUUCCCAGGAUACCUACCUCCUGAUGAUCUUCCUUUUGUGUAGUCCCUUUCCAGAUUGAAUCAGGGCUGGUCUCAUGUAGCCAAUGAAAUACAGUAUAGGUGAUGCUACGUGACUUCGGAAGUGAGGUCAAAACAAAAACAAAAACAAACAAACAAAAAAAAGAUUGUGACUUUUGCCUUGAUCUUCUGGAACACUCUCUGUCAAAACCCUGAGACACCAUGUAAGUUUACAAACCCUGAGGCCACUAUGCAAGAGAGACCCAGAGGAGACAGCACACAUUUCAAAAGCUAAGGUCCCGGACAUCAUAGAGUAGCUACGAAUCAUCCCUGUUGAGCCCUGCACAUACUACAGAGUUAUGAACAAGAUAAAUACAUGGGAUUUUUUAAAAAGUCACUAAGUUUUAGAGUUAUUUGUUAGAAACAGGGAGAGUGGAAUGAAUCUAACACAACUUUCCUAUGUACAUAUAUGAAUACACCACAGUGAUUCUCAACAUAAUGUACAUCCACAAGACUGGUAUUCUAAUUAGAAUAAGAUGUACUCCAUGUUUGUAUACAUAUGUCAACAUAGACUCUACUGUCAUGUAUAAAUAAAAAGAACAAAUAAAGAGUUUUUUAAAAAAAAAAAAAAGAGGUCAGUAGAACAAGGAUUUUGUAAUUUCAGUCAAAGACAUAAUGAGACCCCAAAUCUUUGCAAUCAUCAAGUAUUGGCAAGCAGUUAACUCUCCAAAUGUGGGAUGUCUAAGCGUUCCCUAAAGAUGGCCAUGGAUGGUUCUCACACACACAGAUUUUAGGAGUCAGAAUGUUUCCUCUUCCAGAAUGUUUCUGUGCAUCUACAGAAAUGAAAAGAACAAAGAUAGCUAUGACCUACCAGAGUCUUAAAGAGUUCCAAGACCCCAGAAGUGGUUGGAAUGGAGAUGAGGUGAGGACCCCAGGAGACAACCUCUGAGGAGAGGAUGCAGAAGGCGGGGAAAGAAUUUAAAGAAGAAAAAGUGGGUCUGGGGAUACUCUGCAGAGUGUGAAGGAGAGCCACGUGCCUCCUCUUCUCCUGCCCCUGUCUCCUGCCAAGGGAUGACACAUACCUAACUGUGUACCAGGGCAGCUAUGCCCUACAGUCACCACCAAUGUUGUAGGACUUCCUUCUAUCCUGGAAAAUUUGAAAUGAAAAUUAAUUGAACAUUCCUCAGUGUUCCAAAAGGUUCAGAAUAGAACUACCUUCACCCCAUCACUAGCAGAUAUCUAUGACACCCUAAUGUGGGUGGUAGGGCUGCAAAGAAAGCCCAUGUUUAGAUUCCACAUGGCUACCAGUAGGGCUGAUUUCACAGACCACUCUUCCUUCUCAACUACACACCAAAUGCAUGCACACACACUCCCCCCACCCCCUCUCUGUCAUCAAGAGGAAGAAUCCAAAAUUUGGGUUACAUAUUUAAAGCUACCAGUGGAAUGGUACAUGCUAGGAGCUUACUUGAGUUUGACUUUUUGUUAUUAAAGGGAAAACUAUUGAUGGGAAGAUCAUACUUGCAGAUAACCUGGUACAAAAAAAAGAAAAGAAAACCACCCCUGAUGUCCAAAAGUUGGUCCAGGUGACUAGCUGCUUUAAAUAAAAGAGAGGAAGAAAAUCUACUGGCCUGCCCCUGACUACAGUACCUCCAGGCAGGCCCAGGCAAAGAAACAUCUGUAAAUUAUGUGCUCUGACAGAAGUUUUUAUUUUAAUUACCUGACUUUGUUACUCAGAAUUUCUCAGAGCCUUUCAUUUGCUAAGUCUCAAGAUGAAUAUCCAAAAAGGGGAUUCAGAAUCAUGGAGCACUACUUAGCCUCUUCUAGAACAACGUUCCAGGAAAUGUAGUUGGGAAAACUCUGCAGUAGAGAGUCCUCAUAUUAUGUAGAAUCAUGUAAUGAUCUCAAGGUUCCUAUUAGCCUCUCUCUUCCUACAUCUCAGUGGGAUACUUAGGAAGUACUGAAAAGGACAAAUGCAUAAAUCAUACUGAUAAUUAAGCCUAAAAGAAAAUCUAUUUUGGAACCUGAGAUUAUAGGGGAGUAGGAGAAAGUGGGACUCUAUGUAUUCCAGAGGUAGAAAACUCGGGAAGAAGAGUAGUUUUGCCAUGGUGUGAUAGCUUUAGCACAGGCUGACAGGCAGGGACUAGGCUGGUAUAGAUUUGGGAAUAAAAGAAAGUUCAGCAUUCCCUAAAAUAGCAUCCCCAGGAAACUAAGUGAGCAGGUGUGCUUCACAGAUUUACCACCAAACAAAAAAGCUUGAAAAUAACUUGGAUAGAAAAUCAAAACGAGUAAAUGACAUGCUAUAACCAUCACUGAGAUGUUUCUCAGGUGCCGUUCUGUGGUGUGUUUUGUUCAACACCUGGUGUUUUGACCCUUAGAAUGUGUUCUUUCUUAGC